AGACUCUCGGCCACACUGUGGGGAUGUCCGAGAGCCCCAUCGGACCCAAGUCCACGAUGCUUCGGGCCGACGUGCCCGUGACACCCUCAUUUCAGCAGGCUUUUGCAUCUUCCUGCACAAUUUCAAGCAACGGUCCUAGCCAGAGGAGAGAGAGCCCGUCUUCUGCAGAGCGCCAGCGGGUGGACAGCAGCCCCAAGUCCACUCUCUCCCUGCUGGGGAGCGGCCGGCCCACAGGAAGUCCCCUCGGCACCAGCGAGUUCCCUGGCCCCAGCAAGGACUCCUCAGUGCUAUCCUGCUUCCCACCCUCGGAGCUCCAGGCCCCUUACCACAGCCAUGAGCUGUCCCUGGUGGAGCCGCCAGACACUCUGUCCCCUCCGAGCAGCCAGGCCUUCCUGGGCUUUGGCACCAGCCUCAUGGGAAGUGGCCUUCCACUUAGGGAGGACCCAGGCGCCUUGCUGGGCAAUUCCCAUGGAGUGUCACCGGCUCCCGGUGCCCCGCUGACAGCAGCAGGGGCUGCCGACAAUGGCUUCCUGUCCCACAGCUUUCUCACGGCAGCUCCUGGACAUGGCAGCCAGCACAGUCCCGGCCUGCAGGGUGAGGGGGUGACCUCGGCCGGGCAGCCGCCCCUCCCUGAGAAGAAGCGGGCUUCAGAGGGGGAUCGUUCUUUGGGCUCGGUCUCCCCCUCCUCCAGUGGCUUCUCCAGCCCCCACAGUGGGAGCACCAUCAGUAUCCCCUUCCCGAACGUUCUUCCGGACUUUUCCAAGGCUUCAGAAGUGCCCCAACCUUUGCCAGACAGUCCAGGUGAUAAACUUGUGAUCGUGAAGUUUGUUCAAGACACUUCCAAGUUCUGGUACAAGGCGGAUAUCUCAAGAGAACAAGCCAUUGCCAUGUUGAAGGACAAGGAGCCCGGGUCAUUCAUCGUCCGGGACAGUCACUCCUUCCGAGGUGCCUAUGGCCUGGCCAUGAAGGUUGCCACACCCCCGCCUUCCGUCCUGCAGAUGAACAAGAAAGCUGGAGAUUUGUCCAAUGAACUUGUUCGGCAUUUUUUGAUUGAGUGUACCCCGAAGGGAGUGCGGUUGAAAGGGUGCUCCAAUGAACCAUAUUUCGGGAGCCUGACGGCCUUGGUGUGUCAGCACGCCAUCACCCCCUUGGCCUUGCCAUGCAAGCUGCUCAUUCCGGAGAGAGAUCCAUUGGAGGAAAUAGCAGAAAAUUCUCCCCAAACAGCGGCCAAUUCGGCGGCUGAGUUGCUGAAGCAGGGGGCAGCCUGCAAUGUGUGGUACUUGAACUCUGUGGAGAUGGAGUCCCUCACUGGCCACCAGGCAGUCCAGAAGGCCCUGAGCAUCACCCUGGUCCAGGAGCCGCCCCCCAUGUCCACAGUUGUGCACUUCAAGGUGUCAGCCCAGGGUAUCACCCUGACAGACAAUCAGAGGAAGCUCUUCUUCCGGAGGCAUUACCCUGUGAGCAGCGUGAUUUUCUGUGCCUUGGACCCACAAGACAGGAAGUGGAUCAAAGAUGGACCUUCCUCAAAAGUCUUUGGAUUUGUGGCCCGGAAGCAGGGCAGCUCUACAGACAAUGUGUGCCACCUGUUUGCGGAGCAUGACCCUGAGCAGCCUGCCAGCGCCAUUGUCAACUUCGUAUCAAAGGUCAUGAUCGGCUCCUCAAAGAAGAUCUGAGAGCCCCUUGCAGCUCGGACCCGCCAGACUUCUGCCAUUUCCCUCAAGACAGCAGUGGGGGAGGGCGGGGCCCCCAUUUCAUACCAGACUGAUAAUCCUGACAGUCCAGGCCCAGGAGGGGACAAAGGACCUUCCAGCUCUACGAAACAGGGACAAACAACUUCACCAUGGAUUGGCCUUUCCUGAAAGUAACUUCUUAUCUGACAUAUCUCUGUGGCCAGGUGCGUUUUGAGUGGAAGCAGCUGGGCACAGGUGCCCACCAGGGUCACGUGAGAAAGGGGCGUGCAAGGAAACAGCAUGGAAAGCAUGGUGGCUGCCGAGUUCCUGGCACACCAGUAUUUGUGGGAGUGGUCAGCCUGCUUGCAGGGUGCUGAGUGACCACUGCACCUGGCCAUGGCUGGAGCGCUUUCUGUCCAGCCCACAUCUGAGGCAGCAGGCUCCCUCACCUCGGUCUUCCUGUGAUGGAGAUGAACCUAAGAAGGGGACGCAUGUCUGACAAAGGCUCGUGCGGGUCAGGCCCUUCCAGAACACGGCAGGAACAGGAACGAGGGGACGGUGUGAUGGCUAGUGAGAAUGAGGGGGUAGAAGCCUCCCAGCGUCGUGGGGGGGAGUGUGAUGUCAGAGAGACGCCACCCGCAUGUGCUGCCGAUUCCACGCCUCCUGCUCACAUCUGGUGAACUGGGCCAGAAGAGCCCCUGAGGACCCUGAGAGGAGAAAUGAAAAGAAGGAAGCAAACAUGCGAUUUCUAUAUAAUUUAUAUUUUACGUAUGCCAAAUUAUUUAUGAUAACUUGCCAUUGCUGUGCUGUACUGGUGUCAGAUGCUGCACGUGCCAAGCUAUGAUUUCAGGAGGGUGUGCGGUGGCCUGCGGGUGACACUUGUGGGUCCCCCAUGUGCGGUGCUACCCAAAGGUGGUUUUGCCUCCAGCAGCCUCCCCGACACUUUACUUACUGGUCUCUCUUCCCGAUUGUGGCUGACACCCUUUCUGAUGGGGAGGGCCAGGGAGGGAUGGAAAGUGCCUGGGUUUCAACUCGGCAUCCCCCUCAUCAGCUUGUUUCUGGUCAUCUUCAGGCCUGAAGUAGCACGACCUAAAGCACCCCUGGCCUUCAUGAGCCCUCACUGUGCCAUGAGGCGACCCUGUGUGGUUAGGACAAGGAGAACGGGAAGGGAUCCCAAUACUACGGGCUCAAGCCCCGCUGUCCUGCCCCAUCUUGGUCACCAAAUCGGGCGCACUGUUCCAUGCUUCUCUGAGUAGUCCAGCACUGUGGUUCUCCCACCUGAGGCUGUCAGUGGUCAGAUGUUUGGGAGAAGCCUCUGAGCCUGGAACUUCUGCAGAGUGCGAGGUGCAACUGGGCCACGUCGGGAUAAAGCCUUGAGCUCCUUCCCGCAUAGUCCAGUGCACUCUGGGGACGCACUGACUAUUCCCGCUGGGAUCCCUCUGGAAAUUCCCACCCUCCUCUGCUUUCAGGAGCUGGGGUUUGUGAAUCCUCUGCUUUAAAGUAAGGGGCAGAGGAAGACUUCAAGACAAGUAGAGUUGGAACCAGCAGGAUCACAGCGGGCGUUGUAUGUGCGUGCGUGAGAGCAGGGGGACCAUGCCACGUUUUAGCUCCUAUUGACGCACCAAACCCAAGUGCCUCCUUUCUGUGCCAAAUGUCUGCCUUGGUCUUCGCGGACCUCCUUCCCUGUCAUGCGUUGGCGUGGCUGUUUGAGAGAAUGUGCUGUCAUUCCCUAGUGGCCCUGAUGUCUUUGGUGGAGGCUUCUAGCAUUUCAAUUUUUCGUCCACUGCAGGAAUCUGGCCAAGGGGAGCAGAGGUUUGUGCUGUCCCCAAGAGGUGCCUCACCCUGAGAUGGUUUAAACCCAAGUUUGACCCAAGCAGCCCAAGCCAGGCCCUUUAUCCUUCUGAUGAAGGAAGAGGAGGCUUGUUUAGAAAUCAGAGCAAGGUAGGGGUGCAGCACUGAGAAGCGCAGCCUGCGGUGAGCUGCAGAGACAUCAGGGCCUCCCAUGACGGUCAUCAUGGAGAGCAUUCAAGAAGCCACACAGAUGUGCUCUUUAAGCUGACUCACCAGGUGUGAUUUUUACUCAAGGUAAAAGUGGUCAAGGGCAUCAGGGAAUUUGCUCCAAGCAAAUAGUUCCCUUUGGGGAACCCAAGGAAGCCACUUUCCAGGGUUUCUGACAAGCCGGUACGACAGGUGUCUUUCUUCCAGGGCAGGGCGAGUCCGUGUUGUCGCAGACUGCACUGUGGGCUCAGACACCAUGAGCAAGACUUGCGGCCAACGCUAGUUCAGGCACUUGGGAGAAGGAACGUCUCCCAGGCAUCUUGCCUCUGGGGCAGCAGUUGGGCAGGAACGUCCUGUCCUGGGUUGUAAAUGCCGUGAGUUCACAGUAACUGUGCCUGACACACAUUAUAGCCAGGGUCCUAUUAACCUACUCAUUAAAGACAUUGUUGUACUCCUCCAGUGUUAAGCUAUAGCCAUGUUAAAUGUCACACUGCAUUUAUCCUCAGCAUCAGAGACCUUGUAAUGUCUCUUUAUCUGCCUUACCUGUUAGUGCAUAUUUUUACUUUUCUGAUAUUGUAAAGAAUAUACCCAAUAUGUAAAUGAAUGUUCUAUAAAUCUUUUGUAUAGUCACUUCCUCUGCUCUUUAAAUAUCAUCUCUAUUCAGAGUAUAAUAAAAUUAUGAACUUGGUAAGCCUCA